ACACCCUCUAAACCCUCAAAUGAUGUCAAAAACGCAAAAUCCUCUCUUUCUCAUUCUGCUAAUUUUCGUUUUGACGACGGAGAAAGAGUAGAGAAACGAAACAGAAAAUCUAUCUGCAACUAAGGCGAACACAGUAGUAGCGGACAUAUUAGCUGACAUGGAUGAUUAUGACUUGGAACUGGACGAGAUGGAACUAGUUGCUGCUGCUGCUGGAUAUUAUCAUUAUUGUAAUAUGGAGAAGCCGGUCCCUCGUAAUCCCACACAUGGCAAAUCCGAAUUUAUGGAUGAAAUACUGAAUGCAGAAGAAGAUCGAUGCCGUGAGAUGUUUCGGAUGGAUAAACAUGUUUUUCACAAGCUGUGUGACAUGUUAAGACGAAGAGACCUGUUACGCGAUACACAUGGAGUCAAGAUAGAGGAACAGGUUGGAAUAUUCUUGAACAUUAUUGGACACAAUGAACGUAAUCGAGUUAUUCAAGAAAGAUUUCAACACUCUGGCGAAACCAUUAGCCGAUAUUUUAAUAAUGCAUUGAAGGCAAUCAAGUCGUUGUCCCGUGAAUUCUUACAGCCCCCAGAGCCAACCACUCCUACAGAAAUCCUCGGCAGUACAAGAUUCUACCCAUAUUUUAAGGACUGUAUUGGAGUAAUAGAUGGCAUGCACAUCCCUGCACAUGUGAUAGCGAAAGAUCAACCUCGGUUCCGUAAUAGAAGGGGUGUUUUGACGCAAAAUGUAUUGGCAGCUUGCACGUUAGACCUGCAGUUUAUUUUUGUAUAUCCUGGUUGGGAGGGUUCGGCUGAAGAUUCACGUGUAUUAAGAGCAGUUCUUAAUGAUCCAGAUCAGAAUUUCCCACAGAUACCUGAAGGCAAAUACUACCUUGUUGAUGGAGGAUACACAAAUAUGACGGGAUUUGUAGCACCAUAUGAAGGAUAUCGCUACCACCUCCAUGAAUUUAGAGGUGCUAAUCAACAACCAAAGAACGCGCAGGAGUUGUUUAAUCACCGGCACGCAUCACUGCGAUAUGCAAUCCAGCAAUGUACCGAGUUGCUUCAAACACGUUUCCCUGUCCUCAAAUUAGCUCCUCCUUAUGCAUUUCAUAUCCAAAGGGAUUUGAUUAUUGCUGCAUGUGUUCUACAUAACUUCAUUCGGCGCGAGGAAAGAAAUGACUGGUUAUUUGUCAACUCCCAAAUCAAGGCUGCGGCAGAAGUGUCUGAGCCGGAUGAUCAGCCUGAGGCAUCAUCCACCUCCAUGGCAGAAGAACAAGCAGCGUUUUUAGUUCGAUACUCGAUUGCAGCAUCGAUGUGGAAUAACUUCAUCAAUGAAUGGGAUGCAUGGUGAGGAUAUAGUAGGCUUUGCCAAGGGCUUAAUGCCCAAUUUUAAGGGUGCUGUACAUGUUGCACAGAGGCUAACUUAUCUCCUUAUUUAUCAUUAUGCACUAUAUAUUACUUACUAAAUGCUUGCAGAUGAUUGAUUUUUCUUUGGUAAGCGGCAGACUUGCGGAUGAUUGAUUUUUCUUUGGUAAGCGGCAGAUAAAGCAACAAGGAAAUUGUAGGUCUCCAAGAGUUCGUUACAUUUUGUGUGAUGUUACAGUAUCUAUUUUUGUUUGUAUAAUCUUCUUUGCUCGAAGGAUGCAAUUACUCUCA